GUCGAGGCGCAUGGCGAUUUUUUUAUUAUUUGUUUUAAACACGGAACAGAAACCGUGUGUUUCCCCUGUAACAGACCCCCAAUUCGGUAUCGCUCCCAAUUUUUACACCCUCAAAUCUUUGGGUUCUCAGUGUCCAGCUAAGGUCCAUCUCCCCCAACUCGUCUCCCUCGAGUCGUCGAUACGAACACAACUCAGGAGCUCCCUCGUUCUCCCCCUCAAAUCUAUCGGGUAUUCAACUCUCCCCAACGCAGCUCCAAGGUUCGAAAUCACUGCCUUGGGUUAUUGGCUGUAGUGAUUUCGAUGUCAAUGAGUAUAAGAAACAAAUGAAUAUAUUAUUGCAGUGAACUCAAUUCUCGGUUUAUAUGUAGUGGUAGAAUAAUGGAGUUUUCAAUGUACUGUUUUGUUCUCGUGGUGUGUUCGCUCAGUCAAUGUCACAAACAGCUUGUAUUCUAAUUUUGAAACUUAAUGGAUAUCUUCCAAUCCACUUACAUCUAUCUUUCCUCAAUUAGAAGUUCAAAGUAAUCUGCCCACGGAGAGAGAAGUCCGUUCGAUAUAGUCUGUCACUCAUUUUCCCUUGUUUAUAGGAUCUGGUCGAUUUUUCCUCUUUCGAGUUUCGUUCUGUUUUCUACAAUCAAUAACAAAUUCACUUGGUAGUAAUGCGGCACAUGAUCAGGUUAAGAUCUUCUAACCUCUCCGUAUUCUCAAUUCUUCGUCGAACCCAUGUCAAUUCUACUUGUUCUGAUAUUCUUGCUAAGCCUAUCACUGCUGCCCUUCUUAACUUCAGCCCAUCUACCCCUUACAGUUUUUCAGCUAUGGAGCCUCGCUUACAAUUUUUCUCGUCUUCUUCUAUUUUUCCAAGUUCAAACCAUUCAACCUUAAUAGAAACACAAGAAGAUGCUAAUAGUGACGAGGAUGAUGGUGGCUGCGGUGGUGAAGAAUAUGAAGAGGAUGAAACAGAAUUCAAACCAUUGCCUAUGGGAGACGAGGGUCUUGUCCGAGAUACAAUGACUAUUGUGGAUAUAUUACAUGAACUUCGUAGCAGUCCAUCUGAAUCAAAAAACAAGCUUGAGCAUUGCGGGAUUACAGCCUCAUCAGAAUUGGUGGUGGCAGUGCUCUCACAAAUCCGCAAUGAUUGGGAAGCAGCAUUCACGUUCUUUCUGUGGGCUGGAAAGCAGCCUGGUUAUGCUCAUUCUGUGCGCGAAUACCAUUCCAUGAUCUCUAUUCUUGGGAAAAUGAGAAAGUUUGGCACUGCAUGGGCCUUGAUUGAUGAAAUGAGAGGUGGUACCAACGGUCCACCUCUUGUCACACCUCAGACUCUCUUGAUCAUGAUUAGGAGAUAUUGUGCUGUUCAUGAUGUGGGGAGGGCUAUAAAUACUUUCUAUGCCUACAAACGGUUUAAGUUUGAAGUUAGGAUCGAUGAAUUCCAAGGCUUUCUCUCUGCCCUUUGCCGGUACAAGAAUGUGCAAGAGGCUGAGCACUUGCUCUUCACAAAUAAGAAUACAUUCCCGUUUGAUACCAAGAGCUUUAACAUCAUCCUCAAUGGGUGGUGUAAUGUGAUUGUUAGUCCCCGGGAGGGAGAGAGAAUUUGGAGGGAGAUGAGCAAGAGAGGUAUCCAACAUGAUGUUGUCUCAUAUGGAUGCCUCAUAUCAUGCUACACAAAAGCAUGUAAUCUGAAGAAGGUGCUUAAGCUCUUCAACCAGAUGAAGGAAAUGAAAAUUGUAAUGGAUAGGAAAGUCUACAACGCUGUCAUUCAUGCUCUUGCAAAAGGUAGACUUGUGAAAGAAGCUAUCAAUCUCCUGAAAACAAUGGAAGAGAAGGGCGUUGCUCCAAAUGUCGUCACUUAUAACUCACUGAUCAAGCCUCUCUGUCGGGCCCAGAGAAUAGAAGAAGCUAAAGAAUUCUUUGAUGAGAUGUUGCAGCGGGGUUUCUCCCCUACAAUACGGACUUACCAUGCCUUCUUCCGUUGUUUAAGGACAGGAGAAGAAGUGUUUGUGCUCUUGGAAAAGAUGAAAAAUAUGGGCUGCCAGCCAAAUUCAGAUACCUACAUGAUGUUGAUUAGGAAAUUUUGUCAAUGGCGCGAGGUUGAUAAUGCCUUCAAGUUGUGGAACACCAUGAGUAAAAAUGGAGUCCACCCCGAUCGGAGCUCAUAUAUUGUGCUGGUACAUGGGCUAUUUUUGAACGGAAAGCUGGAGGAGGCACACAAAUAUUAUAUAGAGAUGAAGGAGAAACAGUUUGAGCCAGAACCAAAGACAGAUGAGAUGAUUCAGGCUUGGAUGUCUGGUAAACAUGUACCUGAGUGUCAGAAGAAGGAUUUAGAGGGCAAUCAAUUAAAUUGUAGGGAGUCUGUCAAGAACACCAGAUUUGAUCAAACAAGAAAUUUUUGCCGCCAACCUGAAACUAGAAGAGUUGUGAGAGAGCGCGGCUUUUCUUUUUGGGAGCAGUAGGUUCUCAUGUAAUGAGAAGUCUCAACAGUUUGAGGUUUUUCUGUAAACAUGACUGGGUGGUUAGCAACCUCCAAUGUCAAGUUUCCCUUUGACCUCAUUCAGGUACUGGCCAAAGAGGCUUCCUAGAUGGUUCCCCAACAAUUCAAAAUACAGAAAUCAGCAACAAGAAGGCAAACUAAUCUCAUUAAAAAUUCAAGAUCGGCAACAGCAAACUGUCCAUUUUCUAUCCAUCAUCACCAAGAGCUUCAUAGUUUUAUAUUAAUUUUGCAAGGGAGAAGAUAAAAUGAAGGGACAAAAAGGAACACUGCUCCCUGCAUCCAUGCCAAAGUCUGUUGGCUUCACUUGCAUCAAUCCCAGUGUCAUUCAUGUGAUCUGCUGCACCUUGCCUCUCCCUUGUUGCACGGCAAUUUUAUGAAGAAAUGUGAAAAAGGAUAAUGGCAAUGGAAAUGCUACGGGAGUAACUUCGAGGGCUCCCUAUCCUCCAAAACAAAAUAGCGACUACAGAGACUCCUUCCAGGAAUUGUUCAGAUGCCCUUCCACUCACCUUUCUGUGCCUUAAGAUAUUCUCAUUUCCUAACAGAAUUCAGACUAACUAAAUUGACCCUGACAGUGUAAAACCCAAAUGACAGACGCACGCACCGUUUGGAUUAAAUACCAAACACUGCGUUUUCAGACUAUUGAAAGGACUCUAUUGCAAAAACGGUGCGCAGCACCUAUUUAAAACAUAAGAAACGGUGCGCAGCACCCAGUUAUUUAAUACGGAACACUUCCUUGCUUGCCGACGUCGUUGUUGCUUCUUUAACUUCAUCACUUCUACACUUCGAUCUCCCCAGUUCAGUUCCAUCUCAGAUCAGUUCUUCGGAGCCCUAACAUUCCCUUCCUCUUCAAAGAACCUUGCCCACAAGGUGUGGGUAAAGGUUUCGAAGCUUCCACAAGAUUUCCCAGCUACUUGCCUCUGUCGGUAACCCAUUCCAUUUCACCAACACUUCAGUCACUACUCGGUCUCCCUGUUUCUUCAUCUUCCUAUCCAAAAUCAGUUCUGGUUCCGGUUGAAUCUCACCAGAGGAAUCAAUGGGAGGGAGAUUCGGGAGGAUUGGGGUCUGAGAACCCAAUUUCUUCUUCAGACAAGACACGUGAAACGUGGGAUGGAUCUUCGAAGACUCUGGUAGCCUUAGAUGAUAGGCGACAAUUCCGAUCUUUUCUUCCACCUGGAAAGGUCUAUAGAAUCUUGGUGAUAGCUUCAGAUUCCGCCUCAAAGCUAGAGUUUUUUGACGAUAUGGUUGCAGUUUCAGGGUUAAACAUUUUUAUGGGAAGGCGGAUUUCAUCUUUCAGCCCGCUUAUGAAGCAACACAGCUUGUGUUCAUCGGAAACGCCCCUCAAUCGAUUAGCUAGGGCUUCAAAUUGUGCCGUGUAAGCCGCAAUAGAGCUGGACUGUUUCAAUCGGGUUAGAGCCUCCAUGGGACUAUUGUACGACGUUGGUCCAAAGCGGAGGAGCAUAGACCUGGUUAAUGUGUCCCAAUCAUGGAAAUGACCCCUCUCAAAAGACUCUUGGUACCAUACUAGAGCCUCCCCCUCCAUGUGGUAAGACGCCAUGAGCAAGCGAUGUGGCAAGGGAGUCUGAUGGAAUUCAAAGUAACGGUGUGCUUUGAAAAUCCAUGCAGCUGGAUUGUCUCCUUGAAAGUGGGGAAAGUCUAAGCGGACACCCCUGAAAUUGCCUCUUCUUGGCUCUUGUGGUUCAUGGUCUUCAUACUGUAGCUGGCGUUGUUCCUGAUCAUUUUGUUGAUUGUUUUGCUGAUUUUGGUUGUGCUGUUGUUGUUGGUGUUGCCGAACUAUUGUGCGCAUCAUAUCAUUGAGUGUGUCGAAAUUAUGCUGAAAAUUCGUCAUGGUUUGCUGGUUUUGUUCAUUUUGCUGUUGUGUCUGCUAUUUAAGCUCCAGUAUUUGCUGCUGUAACUCCUCA